AUGUUCAGACAAACUUUGUUGAUCGCUUUGUUGGUCUCUCUUUUGGCCACUGCCACCUAUGCCGGAUUCACCUGUGCCAAGCCAUGCUAUGGAAACAUGUGUUGUUCUAUCCCAUCCAACAAUGAAUACUACUUGACAGACUUUUGUGGUACCACCAGUGCUUGUGGUCCAACUCCAUACUGCUCUGGCACUCACUACUUCACGGCUGAUUCUCAGAGAUUCGGAUGUGGAAAGUACUUGAACCUGUGCACCGCAUCAAAGAAGUGCAUUAAGGCUCAGAUUGUUGAUGCUGGUCCCGCUAUUUGGGUCGAGCAGGAUGCUGGUCGUGCAAUUAUCGAUGCCUCACCAAGUAUCUGCAAGUUGCUAUUCAAUGCCAAUUCAUGUGGAUGGUCUGAUCACUUCUCCAUCACUGCAGUCUUGACCUCUGCCACCGAUACCAGACCACUUGGACCAUUCAACGUCACUGACACCGAGUAUGACAUUAUGAUCAAGGAAGGUAUUGAGGCCAUGGACUCAUGUAUUGCUGCUGAGGAGUGCGGUCCAGUUGUCAACGUCUAG